CCAGAAUUCAUAGCCCGCCCGAGCAUAGCCGUGGUUGUUACCCAUGUGGCAUCUUGCUGUUUUUUUGCUGCUGGCACCCGCCAUGGGCGGUGAGUGCGAAACCAACAGCUCCGGCUUGUUGAUGCUGCAGAAGAAGGACAGCCUCGAGAAGGGUCGGCUCACCAGUCAGGAGUGGAUCAACGUGUGCUACUUCACCAACUGGGCACGCUACCGCAGUGGACUCAUCAACCAGGGCAAGGACAUGUUUGAGCUUGGCGUCGUGGAUGGAGACCUGUGCACGCACUUCAUGUACGGCUUCGCCACGGUGCAGUUCGAGGAUGGGGGCUACGUCCUCAAGAGCAACGAUCCCAAUGCGGAUCACCCAAGCGGCCACGAGGCUCAGGACGGACUCUGCCCAGAGGUUUGCAACGACCCCAACUUUGUGGCGGAUUGGAACGACCCCAACGGUGAGAGGUGCGAAUGGCCGUGCUCGCCCAGUCGAACCCUGCGGGGCUACGAGGCGGCGACCCUCGGGAUGAAGCGAAAGAAUCCAGGCAUCAAGGCUCUGAUCAGCGUGGGUGGCUGGAACUUUAACGACUGCAAUGCGAACGCCUUUGGCCAGGGCGCUGCCACCUGCGAGAUCUUCUCCGAGAUUGCGGCAGACGAGGCAAAGACCAGGCAGUUCGCAGCCAACAUCAUCAGCUUCUGCCGGAAGUGGAGCUUCGACGGCUUCGACCUGGACUGGGAAUACCCUGUGGUUGCUGGUCACAACAAGAACGGCGGCUCCGCUACGCCCCAGGACUUCACCAACUAUAUUCGAAUGCUCCGACUGCUGAAGGAGGAGUUCCUGAAAGAGAGCACUUCCAACCCGCUGCUGCUGACUGCUGCUGUGGGCGUAGGCAAAUCCACGGCGGAGACCGCCUACGACAUCCCCGGCAUGAGCCAGUACCUGGACCUCAUCAACCUCAUGACCUACGACAUGCACGGGGCAUGGGAGAAACGGCUGGGCUGCAAUGCGCCUUUGUACGCCACAGAGGAAGACACCGCCUUGGCGGAGUACCCCUUGAGCGUGUCCUGGGCGGUGGACUACUGGCUGCAGCAGGGCGCGCCGGCCUCCAAGCUGACCAUCGGCUUGCCCACCUACGGCCGCGGCUGGGUGGUCCAAGCCGGCACCGAAGUGAACGACGUGGCAAACGUGGCGUGCGCUGGGGGCACCAGCACAGGCGAGAAGGGCUUUCGCGCCUACUAUGAGAUCCAGGAGAUGCUUAGCAGCGACCCUGCAGCGACCAACACCCAUGAUCCGGUGCGUCACUGCGCGUAUGCAGUGAGCGGCGGUGAGUGGAUUGGCUACGAUGACGUGGAGACAAUCUGCGCCAAGCUGGCCUUUGCCAGGUCGCGGAAUUUGGCGGGCUCGAUGGUCUGGGCCUUGGAUCUGGACGACUUCAGCCAGGGCUUCCCGCUGAUAAGCCUCAUGAGCAGUGGAGGAACCACCUGCGGCCCUACCACUUCGCAGGCGAGCACCGGCUCCACUACACCAAGCUCUAGCUCAACCACGACUACGACCCCUGCUACCUCGACUGCAGCUCCCACGACGACUGCGGCUCCCACCUCGACUGCGGCUCCCACCACGACUGCAGCUCCCACGACAGCGGCCCCCACAACUGCAGCUCCCACCACGACAGCAGCUCCCACGACUGCAGCUCCUACCACGACAGCUACCACACAGACAGCGGCAACGUCCACGACAGCGGCAACCUCUGGCACAGCCAGCUGCAUUCACAACACCGAUUGUUCAAUCAGCGCCUGGUGUGGCCAGUCGGAGGUCUAUGACGAAUGGUGUGCCCGGCACAGUGCCACCAGCUGUCCCUCUCCUCACUGCGUCCUGGGGACCGCUGCGACUGCAACGACCACCGCGGCACCAACCACCGCGGCACCAACCACCGCGGCACCAACCACAACGGCAGCCACAACAACCACCGGAGGCUGCGUGGCCACCGCAGAGGCCAAGGCCGCCAACUUUGGCGCCAGCGACGCCCGGUGCCGCGAGGCCUGCGCGCAGGUGCCGGCGCAGACUUGGCCCUGCGGACAGGGCGGCCCCUGCGCUUGCUGAGGCGAGCGCCGUCCCUGGCAGCGCGUGACACGCUCCGGGCGAUUGAAUUCAUCCUCGAGCGCGCACAGCACGCAGUGAAUGGAUCA